AUGUCUGUGCUUGCUGAAGGUGGGGAGACUCUACGAACCGAUUACCAUACAAUUUUCGACUUUCCAGUGGAGUAUAUUGUGACUACAAAACAUUCACUACGACGCAACUUCUCUCCAAAUAAAAAGGGCGCUGCUGAGAAAAUUCCUUUACAGAUCAGGCCAUCAGACAAACAUGAUAAGAGCAAGCAUUGA